UCUAUUCUAUUAAACAGCAGUCACAUAUAGCGCCAUGAGAUCGACGAUCUUACUGUCAUUCCUGGUCUUUGGCACCUGCUUAGCCGGAGAAACCGAAAAGAAAACCGUCAAGCGCGGUAUCAUUUCGGAAGGAAUUUCAUCCGGAGUUGGCGGUGGUUUGGGCCAUGGAAUCGGAGGUGGUGCGAUCCUUUUGUCCGGUCAUGGUGGUGGUGGAAUUGGUGGAGGCCUUGGAGGUGCUGGAUUAGGCGGUGGACUCGGAGACGGCCUAGGUGGUGGACUUGGCGGUGGACUUGGCGGUGGACUUGGGGGCGGACUUGGUGGUGGACUUGGAUUAGCGGCUGGUGGAGUAGCAGCUGGACCAGCAGUCAUCGACUUGGGAUCUUCAGUUCAUACCCAUCUGACAGUUACCAAUCGCGUCGGAAUUCCACAGCCAGUACCUGUACCAGUGCCAGUUGAAAGAGCCGUCCCAGUACCAGUACCCCAACCUGUUGGUGUGCCAGUUGACAGACCAUAUCCGGUCCAUGUACCAGCUCCUUAUCCAGUCCAUGUGGAUAAACCAUACCCAGUUGUUGUACACAGAGACGUACAAGUGCCUGUCAGUGUGCCAGUUAAAGUAGCAGUUCCCCAUCCAGUUGCUGUACCAGUACCACAACCCAUAGCUGUUCCAGUUCAUCACCCAGUCCCUGUUCCAGUACACGAAACUAUUGUAGUAAAGAAGCCCGUUCCGGUUUUUCUUAAAUCUGGACACCACCAUCACUGCAAGAGUCGAUUUUCGAAUACCACCACUGUUCUUGGGCUUUCUCGACAGCACGCCAUGAAAUUUUUGGUGGUCGUCACAAUAUUUCUAAUUGGAGCAGUCUUCCCCAAGGAAGAGGCCACAAAAGAGGAAAAACAGCCCCAAAAACGGGGGACUUUCGAUGUAGGUUUUGGUUUCAAAGAUUCGUUUGAAAAAAAAAGUGGUUAUUCCGUUGGAGACGAUAAAGGAAAAUAUAGCGAUAGUUACGGUGAUAAUACAAGCCACGAGAAUUAUUAUCAAGAAGACGAUGAUGAUGACCACGAUUAUCAUCAUCCAACACUCCCGCCACCGCCACCACCGCUACCGCCGCCUGCUACAAUACCGCCGCCGGUAACAAUUUCAAUACCACAACCGUAUCCAGUGCAGUAUGACAGAAACGACCCCUAUCCCGUCGAUGUGCCUGUACCCUACGGUGUUGAUCGACCGUAUAAUGUCCAGGUGCCAAGUCCAUAUGCUGUACCUGUCGAUAAUCCAGUUCCGUACCCAGUUGAAAGGCCAGUUCCUGUACCUGUGAGUGUUCCUGUGAGAUAUGCGGUUCCUGUGAGAGUGGAUGUUCCGCAACCACAACCGUAUCCGGUUCCUGUUGCUCGGCCAGUUCCGGUUCCUGUUCCAAGUCCAGUUAUAGUUAGGAGGCCCGUACCAAUUUACAUUCAGGCGCCACCCCCAGUACCGGCACCGUUACCACCUCCACCUCCGCCACCUCCACCACUAUUUCCUCCAUUCCCUCCACUACCUCCACCACCGCCACCACCACUACCUCUAUUUCCUCCUCCGCCGCCACCACCACCAUUUCCACAAUUCCCCCUACCACAAUUUCCACCCCUGAUGCCAGGACAUCCCCCACCACCUCUAGGAGGGGUAUAUGCAUCUCACGGAUUUAGACAAGGAUAUGGCAGUGGAUAUGGAUAUCCAGGGAAUACAUUACAUAAAAAAUGA